AUGCAAAACGUCAAUGGAGUGCCUGUUCACCGUGAUGAUCCAGCUUUAUUCUAUCGAGGUUUGACACAUGAGCCUACAUGGUUCAGUGCACAAGGUGGUGUAUACCGGUGUCAAGACCGUCAGAACCCGAAUAUCCAAGUUGCUAUCAAAAAGUAUCUUGUCGAGGAAACCGAACGCCAUGCCGAUCUAUUCGUGAUGCCAAAGGAGCUUGUGGAGAACGAGAUUUACACCAUGACCAACUGUGUACACCCCAACAUAUUGAAAUUGAAGAGCGUCUAUCUACAUGAAGAAUUCGUCUAUUUGGUGAUGCCUUAUUUUAAUGGUGGAUCGUUACAGCAAUACGUCUUUGAUCAUCAUUUGACAGUGGGUCAACUCGUGUACAUCAUUCAAGCAAUUGCUUCUGGAUUAGCUGAAGUUCAUGGACAUGGCUACAUUCAUCGAGACAUCAAAUGUGACAACAUCUUCCUUAUGCAAGAAACCAACGAGAUUGUGAUUGGCGAUUUCGGCGUUGUGUCUGUGUCACCUGCUGCAGAUUCGGAUGUGGAAGAAGCUGGUGUCGUUCUCUUUUGGGCUCCUGAAUUGGUUCAACGCAAGAUUAUCAAUCGUAAGAUUGACAUCUGGGCAUUAGGCAUUGUCAUUCUGGAAAUACUCAAUGGUGGCAAAGCACCUUAUGAAGAUGAUAAUCUGACCGAGGAUGAGAUCAAAGAUUGCAUUCUGAAUAAGGGAACUCCUAGCUAUCCACCCGACUUGCCUCCAUUAUUGGUCGAUCUUUUGGAUCAAUGUCUUGACGUGGACUCAAAGUCUAGAAUAUCUGCAGAAGACAUUCUCAAGCACCAAUUCUUACAAAAGUACCAAGCUGAACCACUAUUUCCAGCCACGCCCAUUGAAGAGAAUGCAACAUCAACGCUCGAGGAUAAGGAUGUCGUGUCUGCUGAUGAGACGAUUGCCAUGCAAACUGCUAUGGAAAAGUUACAGGAUUUGGAAUCAUCACUGAACGAAGAAGAGAAUGCGCCAGCAGCAAUAAACACCAAAGAGGAUAAGGAUCCAGCGACAUCUAUGGAAUCAUUGGCACCAUCGUCGGAUAGCAACAACCAAUCAUCAUCAUCCUCAUCCAUUCGUCGACAGCGAAAACGACUACCUGGUGUAUCAGAUAUCCGCCGUUGUCGUAUCCCAUUGCGUGCUUUUACAUUGACAGAAGAAACGGAUGGAUCUGCAACUGCUCAAGAAAAAGUGCUACGUGUGCUACGAAAACGACAAUCCAUCUCGAAUGCAUGCUGGGGUCAAGGAUCAAAGUUGCCCAUGUUUAAGAACAUCACCCCACCACCAUCUCCUUCACCUCCCAACAAAAAAGACUCAACUCAACGAGGCAAAUCGCCAGCAACACAAUCUCGGCUAUCACAAGACCAACAACAACAAAAUACGACUACCACCACACGAUCAAAGCCGAUGCGGAAACCCUCCUUGGUACGAUCCAAUACAACACCUGCUGCAUCCCUUGCCUUUAAAAAGACAUCGCCAACACCAUCGCAACAACCACCACAACAGCAACAGCAACCAACCCAUGAGAGGAAAUAUGCAUCAUUGCCAAGGAAACCUGCUUCUCAACAAGCUACCACAACCACCAAGGCUAAAAGUUUACCACGACCCAAAGUGAUUCGACAACAAUCGACACCCAUGAUAGAUGGUCAAUAUUCUUCACCCACCACGACUCGUAUCCACCGAUUCGGCUAUCAAUCUUCAUCCGAGAAAAAGAGACCUGUUUCUAUGGGAUCCUCGAAGAAUCGGCAAUCAUCAAGCACUAGCAAAAAGUUGCAUUCGGACACUCAUCAACAACAACCAUCUCAACUGAAACCGCCAUCAUCUAUUACCAUCAAAACUACAACAGAAAACAAUGCAUCCAAUACAGUACAUCGUAGCAAUAGCAGCAGCAAUACAUCAUCUGACAGCAAUUUCAAGAACGUCAAGGUGGUUCGAGUGCGUUAG